AUGAUAUCAAGGAUUGGUACAUGCUGUAAUAAUUUCUUCAGUAAGAAAACAUUCAUACGAAUUAUUAAAAAUGAAGUAACAUGGGGAAUAUUUGUUAUACUUUGUUGUGCAAUUGCAUUAAUUGUUAUUUGGGCUUCAAAUGACCCUGUACAAUGGCAACAAUAUAAAGAUCCCGUUCAUGAACAAGGUCUUAUUGCUAUCAUUGGAGGUAUAUUUGCUCUUGUAGCAACAGGAAUGUCAGUUGUUCAAAUAAUUCAUCAUUUUCGUAAUAAAACACAUCAUCAAUCACAAAAACGAAUUAUGCGUAUUUUAGCAAUGGUACCUUUCUAUGCUAUAACAUCAUGGAUAGCACUUUUAUAUUUUGUGUCAGCUAUUUAUAUGGAGUUUAUAAAAUCAUGUUUUGAAUCGUAUAUAAUCUAUUGUUUUCUUUUAUUAUUAACAAAAUAUCUUGGUGGUCAUCGCGGUGUUGAAGAAGUUAUUUUAUCACGAGAAUAUAUUAAAUUACCAUUUCCAUUUCAUUGUAUUAAACCAAAACCUCAUAUGCAUUGGGUUUGGUAUUUUAAAAUUGGUCUUCUACAAUAUACAUGGAUAAAUCCAAUAUGUUCGGCUAUUGCAGUUGUACUUAAUCUUUCUAAUGUUUAUGAUAAUGGAGAGUGGGAUUUUACUAAAGGUUAUCCAUAUAUAACAAUUAUUGUUAAUUUUAGUCAAACGGCAGCGCUAUAUUUUCUAAUAGCAUUUUAUGAAAAUACAAAAGAUGCAUUACAACCAUUUAAACCUUUACCAAAAUUUAUUGCAAUUAAAUUGAUUGUUUUUUUUAUUUUUUGGCAAACAGUAAUAAUGACUGGUUUAGCUAAAGCUAAAGUUUUAAGAAAUACAACAUGUGAUCCAACAACAAAUGCAGAUUGUAAUGGAUCAACAACUGGAUUUACAGUUGAUGAUGAAAAGAUUUUAUUAUCAAAUAUAUUAAUUUGUGUAGAAAUGGUUCUUUUUGCUAUUGCACAUCAUUGGAUAUUUAGUUGGAAACAUUAUGCUGAUGGUACAUUUAAAAAAAUAAUGGAAGGUCGUUAUCGUGAAAUGAAUAGUAAUAAGGAAGACAUCGAACCAGACUUUUAUAUGACAUGGUUUUAA